AUGGUAACAAUUUCGCGCAGGCACCAAUUCACAUCGCUGUCCAAGAGAUACUGGUCGUCGGCUGCCGUUCGCAUAGCGGUGUCGAGCCCGGCUUUGAAAGGGAAGCCGAUGAGGCCGCUCUUUCUCUUCCGCAUCGUUCCACGGGGGUGCUUUUCGCAUGAGCACGUUGAAGCACCGCAGCAUGAUUUCGAAAUCAUUGACAAGUGGUUUCUCACAGUCACGGAACGUGGCUUGAGGAAGCUCGAGGAGAGGGCUACGGUCGACUACGUGCUGAAGGGCAACCAAGGUGGGGUCGAGCUGGCUGUAAUGGCCUUCGUGGCUAAUCUCGACGAUCGUGGCAAUUCAUUCUUGUAUGACAGCCUUGUCUUUGGGAAGCCAGUAGCCGACUCGGCCAAGGGUCAGAUGCCUUCGAGCUCUGUCCCUGGCAACUACCAAAGGCAGCUCGAAGCUGGUUCUUGA